UGAUUUUGUUUCACAAAACACUCAGCCGCUCGACGUACUAUUCAGUGGACUGUAGAGAUUCGUUCGCGCGCCACGGUUCGUCAAAUUGUGCAGUGCACUGGUAGAUAUUUAUCCACAUACCCUGCAGUUAGGUUCAACGAAACGGAAAUAAUAUUAAUAUGAAAUAAUGACAUAAUUAAUAUUUAUUGUUGUUAAUUAUUAUGUUGUUCGCGACGCAUGGACUUUGGCAAUGUUUCGUUUUACUUUCCAUUAUCGCAUCACAAACAUAUGCCGCAGACGCUCCGAGUAAAGAAGAAUGUUGGUGGACCGGAUGCCAGGCGAGCACGUGGGCCGUGACCGGAUGCGAUCAGUACAAUCGGACGCAGAAAAAUGUCAAAGUUUGCGACGGCGGUUCGGAGUAUUACUGCUGUCCGCCCGACCUGUACGUAGAGCCAGCUGAAGACUGUUGGUGGACUGGGUGUCAGCCGAACAACUGGGCGGUCAAGGGCUGUGACAGCUACAACAGAACGGAAAGAGAGCGGACGGCGUGCGAGGAGGACGGAUUCAAAUACGAAUGCUGCAGUGCUCGUGACACCGCUGAUCCGGCCGAAGACUGUUGGUGGUCGGGGUGUCAACCAAAGGACCGGAGCGGUCGCGGGUGUCCGACGAACACGGUUCGAAUCGGUUCACAGACCUGUCCUGGCGGCGAUCUGUUCCAGUGCUGUUCGAGAAGCACUCUCGUCGAUGGCAACAGUACAAACGAAGCAGACAAAUAUGACGUAGAAGAGAUAUCGGGCACGUCGUUUACGGAUUACGUUAGAUAUUUGCUUUUAAAGGGUAACAAUUUCACGAUCAGGCCCGACAAACUGAAGUGCGAUCUUGUCGAUGUAGAAAAGUCUCAUGUGUUUCGCGUGAAAAAUGAAGGGAUACGCGUCUGUGAUCUGUGCCCGAACUUUCCACAACAACGGUACCAAAACGUGUAUCUGGACUCGGAUCCCACAGAUGUACGGGAAAGCUUCGAUUUCCCGGAUUGUUUUGGGCUGUGCUUCGCGACCAGUAACUGUGUGGCUUUCAGUUACGAUCACGCGGCGAAAAAAUGUUACGCAUUUGCUAGUACAGAAGGAAACUUGGAGGAGGAAUACCGCUGGACCACAGUGUUUAUGACACAGCCGACUGGAGUGUUGUACGAUUGGAUGUAUUCAAGGCAUACAUUAGCUGCCGGCGCAACUUACAUGAGUAGGACGCAAGAAGGCACGUUCUUGGCCUGUCUGAAAAAGUGUAACGCGCAAAGGGAAUGCAAUGUCGUCUCGUAUUCAUUAAAAAACUCGACGUGUACGACUUACCAGGAUGUAGAAAAUCAGUUGCAACGAGUUGAUUUUGAAUACGGUUAUGUAUCGGCGUUUCGUAUGGAAGUCUUACCGAUGGGAAACGGAAAAAAAUGGCGUUUUUAUGAGACAGGUGACGACAAUUUAUUGUCCUUAAAACCGAUAAAAAUCAGUAACGAACCGUGUGCUUUGACGAAAAACGAUACUCACAAUAGUUUUUAUUCUAAACCAUGUUUUACAUCUCCGUCUCAAGGAUGUAACGUCAAGACGGGUUGCAAAACAUGUUAUUACCCAGAGAAAGUGAGUGGCACUGAAAAUCUGAGCGUUUGCCCAGAUAGUGAUUUAUAUUAUUUAGAAAGAAUCGACAAGCUUAUAGACACUGAAAUGAGUAGAUGUUUAAAUAAUUCUGAAUGUAUGGGGUUUGGAUUGAAUUCCGAACUGGCUGAAAUGAUAACUAUAUCAAACUUUGGUCAACGUCAGUAUUUGAAGUCAUUCAUGUUGAAGUACCCUCAAAAAAACACUGUUGGUAUACACAAGUACCUCAAGAAUUACGAGUUUAUUGAAAACCUUGAAAUCAAACCUUUACCGAAUUCAGCAAGCACCAUACAGAUUUUACGCGAAGUCACAUUUGACAAAUGUCUAUCUGAUUACGAAAAAUCAAAUUAUAAACGCAUGUCUUACUCCGUAAUCGAAAGGAAAUGUUUAAUGUCCUCUGAAUUCGUGCAACUGAUAGAAAAUAAAAAUGUUUUAACUUUGUUUAAAAAACCUUCAUUUUUAUCUCCGUACAUUGAAUUAUAUACGCACUCCAGGAUUACGUCUGGAUCCCAAGUUAUCAGUAAAUAAAAUCGAUUGUAAAACAAACUGCGAAGAAACGUGU